CUCACGACCUUCCAUUUAUGCUAAGAAUUAUCGCGAUCAAAUUCAUCAUCCAAGCCAACGAUCCGUUGUUUAAGUACAUAAUUUCUUAAGGUCCAAGUAGUUUUUGGGUUCACAGCUUCAUGAUUGGUACAUGUUGGGACACUGUUUGUACCCCUAUAAAUAGCUGCGCACUGCACACCAUAGUAUUUCAGUGCAGUAGAGACAUAUAUGCCUCUGUUUCCUUGUCAAGUUUUUUCCAUUUAGUUUUCAUUCAAAGAAGAAAGAUCAACAACAGUAGUAAUGAAAUCCUUUAAUGGCAGAAAACCAAUCUUGGUUCCUAUAGAACCAGGCUCUCUUCCUUACAUUACCUUCCCACAGAAAACCAACACCAGAGAUGCAGCUUUCUCUUCUUAUCUUCAAACAGAGGAACCAAACCAAGCUCCUGAUGAUUCAGAGAUAAGCAUUUUCGAUGCCCAGAAGUACUUCAACGAAACCACUGUCAAUGACCCGAAACCCAGCAAGAGAGUUUCUCCAAUUAAUGGCGUCAAUCUUGAACGCUUGCCUGACGUUCCCAGAUUUUCCUCUGCUUCUUCUUCUGUGGAUGGAUAUAGAAAUUACAGAGCCGGGUCUGUCAAUGCAACGCCGACUGCUUCUUCAGAGGCUAGUUGGAACAGUCAGACUGGUCUGUUAUCGAAUCCUCCUGGUGCCAUUGCUGUCUCAAUUCGAAACCCUUCAAGUACUGAUAAGAAAACAGGGUCCUCUGUGAAAUGGAUUUUCAGGCGAAAAUGUCCUUGUUCUGGCAAGAAAUCUGUUCAGGUGGAGGAAAAUAUUAGUCCAUCAGAACCCAAAAUCACGAUACCACGACCAACAGAAAUUAUCACUUCCAACCCCAAAACAGAGACUUCCAGUGAAAAUUCUGCUUUGCAGAUUUUGGGGGCGUCAAGAAGGGCAGGCAUGCCAAGUGUUCGACGAAUAUCCGCAGAGAAUCACUUCGCUUCAAACUUGGUCGAACACGAGCCUAUAUUGCCGUCCGGGAGGACCUUCAAUGAUGGUGGUUCUGGGUUCACCUUCCCCAUACUGAGCAACCCAAAGUUGGUAUUAAAUGGUUCGGAUACUCCACCGCUCGAUCAGGACCCACCACGGGAAUCCUUGGAAGUUUUCAAGCCGAAGGACGAACCGGUCUCGAACACCGACUCUGGAAUAAUUUCGCGUCGGAGUUUCACGUUCCCGGCAAGUUCCAACUCGAGAAUGACUCCAACGGACGACGACAUGGCCAGCGAUGCCAGCUCCGACUUGUUCGAAAUCGAGAGUUUCUCCACUCAAACGACGACGUACCCUACUUGCACCCGUCGAGACUCACUCGACGACGCUUCAACCUUCAAUUCCCGAUCAAGAUAUCUGCAGAUCCGCCGAAGUCUGGACGAGCCAGUGACACCGUCGGUGGCACCAACAGAGUGUUACGAGCCAAGCGAGGUCAGCAUUGAUUGGAGCGUAACGACAGCUGAAGGGUUUGAGAGAGCAAGCAUAACAAACUUCUCAGUCACCGCGUCGGAGGCGGAGGAGAUGACAUGGCGCGUACGGAACGGCAGUGGCAGUGGCAGCGGAGGAGGAGGGAAGAAAAAGGCAAAUGGGUUGUUGAGCUGUCGUUGUGAGAAAGCAGUGAGUGUAGGGCCCCACCCAGUGAGGUGUGGGCCCAAUGAAGGACAAAAGAUGGGCCCAAGUGGAAUGGGGAGGCAUGUGAGUAGUAGGGCACCUAGUGUGAAUAAGCCACCCCUUGCUAGCUCUCGCCUGUCUAUUCCUUUUGCAACAUAGAAAAUGGGAGCCAUGCCCAUAUUCGCUCCGAGCAGUAUUACACAUCUCAGUAUUUUUUAUCUCGAUUAUCCUAAAGAAUGAGAUGGAAGCAUACAAUUUCAUAUGAAUCAUGUCGAGCAUAUAGGUUCCACAAUUUAUAUGGAUCAUGUGUAUCUAUUUCGACAUUCCGACAAUUAUGUCAUCUGGUUUUUUUUUGUCUUGAUUGUGUAGUUAACUUUCACUAGCUCAAGCAUUGAGAAGACAAUGUAGCUCUUACACCCCUUUGUUUGGUUCGGUUUAUAAA